GCCCCCGGCGCAGUGGCGGCCAAGAUGGCGGCAGUGGCUGAGGCAGGAGCGUCGUGAGCGCCUGGGCCAGCCCGGUCCCGCCGCGUCGGGCGAAGCGAGGCCCCGCCGUUCCUCCGCCGCCCGAAGACGAAACGUUCGUCCGGGCAGCCCGGGCCCCGCGAGUGGCGGCCGGGGGUGGAGGAGGAGCCAGGCGGGGUGACCUCCCCUCCGGCGCGGGAUUGCUUUUAUUGAUCACUUGUCAUGGCAGCAGGAGGUGGUCCCUUUGAAGAAGGCAUGAAUGACCAGGGCUUGCCCAGCUGGAGCAAUGAGAGCCUGGAUGACCGGCUGAACAACACGGACUGGGGAGGUCAACAGAAGAAAGCAAACAGAUCUUCAGAGAAAAACAAGAAAAAGCUUAGUGGGGAAGGUGAAACAAGACUUACUAAUGACAUAUCUCCAGAAUCUUCCCCUGGAAUGGAGCGACGGAAGACCAGAACUCACAGCUUUCCUCAUGCUCGAUACAUGACUCAGAUGUCUGUUCCAGAGCAGGCUGAACUAGAAAGGCUUAAACAAAGAAUAAACUUCAGUGAUCUGGAUCAGAGAAGCAUUGGAAGUGAUUCGCAAGGCAGGGCAACGGCUGCUAAUAACAAACGUCAACUUAAUGAGAACAAAAAACCAUUCAACUUCCUGUCACUACAGAUUAACACUAACAAAAGCAAAGAUCCUGCCUCAGCUUCCCUAAAAAAGGAAGGUGGGGUAUCAGCGCAAUGUAAAGAGUUGUUUGGAGCUGCUCUAAGCAAGGAUUUCUUGCAAAAUUGUCAAGCAUCUGCUCAAGAAGAUGGAAGGGGAGAACAAACGAUGGAUAGUAGCCAGAUUGUGAGCAGACUAGUUCAGAUUCGCGACUAUAUUGCUAAGGCCAGCUCCAUGCGGGAUGAUCUUGUAGAGAAAAAUGAGAGAUCGGCCAAUGUUGAGCGUUUAUCGCACCUUAUAGAUGACCUUAAAGAGCAGGAGAAAUCCUAUCUGAAAUUUUUGCAAAAGAUGCUUGCUAGAGAAAAUGAGGAGGAUGAUGUUCGGACUAUAGAUUCAGCUGUGGGAUCUGGUUCUGUAGGUGAGAGCACAUCGCUAAACAUUGAUGUGCAGUCUGAGGCUUCAGAUACCACGGCCAGAGAUCCUCAGCAGGAAGCUAAAGAAGAGUUGGAGAACUUGAAGAAACAGCAUGAUUUAUUGAAAAGGAUGCUACAACAGCAGGAAGAAUUAAAGGCUCUUCAAGGAAGACAGGCAGCUCUUCUUGCUUUGCAGCAUAAAGCAGAACAAGCCAUUGCUGUCCUGGAUGAUUCUGUUGUAACAGAAACUACAGGUAGUGUUUCAGGAGUGAGUCUUACAUCAGAACUGAAUGAAGAAUUGAAUGACUUAAUUCAACGCUUUCACAACCAACUUCAUGAUUCUCAGACACAGUCUGUGCCUGACAAUAGAAGGCAAGCAGAAAGCCUUUCACUUACCAGAGAGAUUUCACAAAGCAGAAACUCUUCAAUGUCUGAACACCAGUCAGAUGAGAAGGCACAGCUUUUUAAUAAGAUGCGAAUGUUGCAGGGUAAAAAGCAAAAGAUGGACAAACUACUAGGAGAACUUCAUACACUUCGUGACCAACAUCUAAACAACUCUUCCUUUUUUCCUGCUUCAGGUUCUCCUCAAAGGAGUGUUGAUCAAAGAAGUACAACUUCAGCUGCUUCUGGUCCUGUAGGCAUAGUAACUGUUGUCAAUGGUGAACCAAAUAGUCUGGCAUCUGCUCCCUAUCCUCCUGAUUCCCUGGUUUCUCAAAAUGAGAGUGAAGAGGACGAAAAUCUAAAUCCAACAGAAAAGCUUCAGAAGCUAAAUGAGGUUCGUAAGAGACUGAAUGAGCUACGUGAGUUAGUUCACUACUAUGAGCAGACAUCUGAUAUGAUGACAGAUGCUGUGAAUGAAAACACUAAGGAGGAGGAAGAAACAGAAGAAUCAGAAAGUGAUUCUGAACAUGAGCAUCCACAGCCUGUUACAAAUAUUAGAAACCCUCCAGGAAUCAGUAGUUGGAGUGAAAUAAAUAGCAACUCAAAUGUACAGUGUGGAACUAAUAACAGAGAUGGAAGACAUCUUAAUACAGACUGUGAAAUAAACAACAGAUCUGCUGCUAAUAUAAGGACUCUAAAAAUGUCUUCUGCUUUAGACUGUCAUAAUAGGGAGAAUGCCAAACACCUCGAUCUACCCCAAGGUGAAGAUGAUGAAGUGGAAGAAGAUCGAGUUAGUGAAGAUUCCAUGUCUAGUCACAGAAGCAGCCUGGGUGAUGUGGCUGGAGAUGCCGAGUUUGAGCAGAAGAUCAAUAGACUUAUAGCUGCAAAACAGAAGCUUAGAGAGUUACAAAACCUUGCUGCUAUGGUGCAGUGUGAUGAUCCAGAACCUCAAGGAGCAAUUGCAAAUGCAUCUAAUAUUGGUGACUUGUUGGGUGAGGGGGAAGAGGCAAAGCAGCAGCCAAACAAUGUCCGAGCAAGUUCCAACAAGUUAAAAAAAGAUGUGCGAAUGAGCGAGGAAGCAAGAAAGAAGUUCUAUGAAGCUAAACUUCAGCAGCAGCAACGGGAGCUUAAGCAGCUACAAGAAGAAAGAAGAAAACUGUUUGAAAUCCAGGAAAAAAUUCAAGUGUUACAGAAAGCUUGUCCUGACCUUCAAUUGUCAGGUGGCCUGGGUAACUGCCCAGCAAAUAGACAGUCUUCACAAGCAACAUCAACUCCAGCCAUGACUGAGUGUAACACAGCUGGCAAGCCUUUAUUUGAAUGUGAUGAAUCAUUACCAGUGGGCAAUGAGUUAUGGUCUGAGAUGAGAAGACAUGAGAUUUUAAGAGAAGAAUUGCGACAGAGAAGAAAGCAACUUGAAGCUUUAAUGGCUGAAGAUCAGAGAAGGAGAGAGCUUGCAGAAACAAUAUCUACUGUUGCUGCAUCUGUUAAAAGUGAAGGGUCAGAAGCUCGGUGUACUCCACAGCAGAGCAGGACUGAGAAGACAAUGGCUACCUGGGGAGGUUCUACCCAGUGUGCCCUAGAGGAAGAAAAUGGAGAUGAAGACGGUUAUCUCUCUGAUGGAGCUGGUCAGGCAGAAGAAGAGGAAGAAGAUGCAUCGAGUUUGAAUGACAGUUUUUCUGUUUAUCCCAAUAACAACAUACCAGAAAAUGCCUAUUUUGGUAAAGGAAACAAAGAUAGGUGGAAAAACUGCCGUCCCCUUUCCGCAGAUGGAAAUUACCGUCCCGUGUCUAAGGCCAGGCAACAGCAAAACAUAAAUAUGCGGCGUCAGGAAAAUUUUCGGUGGAUGUCUGAGCUCUCCUAUGUGGAAGAGAAGGAGCGAUGGCAAGAGCAGAUCAAUCAGUUGAAGAAACAGCAUGAAUUUAGUGUCAGCAUCUGUCAAACUUUGAUGCAGGAUCAGCAGACCCUCUCUUGCCUUCUGCAGACUUUGCUCACAGGCCCCUACAGCAUGAUGCCCAAUAAUGUUGCAUCUUCACAAAUACAUCUUAUUAUGCAUCAGUUAAACCAGUGUUACACUCAACUGACUUGGCAGCAGAAUAAUGUCCAAAGGUUGAAACAAAUGUUAAGUGAUCUUAUGCAACAGCAAGAACAACAGUGUCAAGAGAAACCAUCAAGAAAGGAGAGAGGCAGUAGUGCACCACCACCUCCAUCUCCUGUUUUCUGUCCAUUCAACUACCCUCCUCAACCUGUGAACUUCUUUAGUGUUCCAGGAUUUACUAAUUUCUCCUCCUUUGCCCCAGGUAUUAACUGCAAUCCGGUGUUUCCAUCUGGUUUUGGAGAUUUUGCACAUAAUGUUUCUCCACGGAGCAGUGAGCAGCAGGAGCAGCAGCAUCCUCUAGAUCAAAAUACUUCUGGGAAAACUGAGUAUAUGGCAUUCCCCAAACCCUUUGAAAGCAGUUCCUCUAAUGGAGCAGAAAAACAAAGGAAUCAUAGACAACCUGAAGAGGAAAUGGAGAAAAUAUCAGCUUGGCUUGAUGAUAGCCAAGAAAUGAAGAAAGAUGAUCAGUCUCAGCUGAAUGCUGGUUUUGGAGUUUCAGUACAAAAUACUGCUUCUGGUCAUAAAAAUCAGUGUGAUAUGAGCCGGAGAAGAGAGUUUGAUGAAGAGUCUUUGGAGAGUUUCAGUAGCAUGCCUGAUCCAAUAGACCCAACUACUGUGACAAAGACAUUUAGAUCUAGAAAAGCAUCAGCACAAGCAAGCCUGGCAUCAAAAGAUAAAACGCCCAAAUCAAAGAAUAAGAGGAAGAGUUCUUCUCAGCUAAAAGGCAGAAUUAAAAAUGCUGGUUAUGAAAGUGCAAGUGCUUCUAGUGUGUGUGAGCCCUGCAAGAACAAUAAAAGCAGACACUCUGAUGAUGUGGUUCAUGCAAAGGUGUUCAGCAAAAGGAAUCAGGAGCAAUUGGAAAAAAUAAUUAAAUACAGUAGAUCUACAGAAAUGUCUUCAGAAACUGGUAGUGAUCUUUCUAUGUUUGAAGCUUUGCGAGACACAAUUUAUUCUGAAGUGGCAACUCUUAUUUCUCAAAAUGAGUCUCGUCCCCACUUUCUUAUUGAACUUUUCCAUGAGCUUCAGCUGCUAAAUACAGAUUAUCUGAGGCAAAGGGCUCUGUAUGCUUUACAGGAUAUCGUGACCAGACAUUUAUGUGAGAAAAAUGAAAAAGGGAAGUGUGGAAAAUCACUGAAUUCUUCAACAUGGGUAGCAUCAAAUUCUGAACUCACUCCUAGUGAAAGUCUUGCUUCUACAGAUGAUGAAACUUUUGGCAAGAACUUUUCUACAGAAGCAUGUCAAGAUUGUGAACAACCUGGUGCAGACAAUGGCAGUACAAUGUCUACUUCUUCAAAUUUUGAACCCUUUGCCACUGAUGACCUUGGCAACACAGUGAUUCACUUAGAUAAAGCUUUGUCUUGGAUGAGGGAAUAUGAACGUAUGAAAGUUGAAGCUGAAAGUACCCUUGACUCUGAGGGCUGCUCUAGUAAUUUUCAGGGUGCUUCUGCUGCUAAAUUAGAAGGUCCAGGAACCGGUGAAAGUCAGUCUGUGCCACAGUCAGGUGAUGUUUCUGCAGUUCCAUGUCCUCGCAUAGAUACUCAGCAGCUUGACCGGCAGAUUAAAGCAAUUAUGAAAGAGGUCAUUCCUUUUCUGAAGGAACACAUGGAUGAAGUAUGCUCUUCUCAGUUACUGACAUCAGUAAGACGUAUGGUCUUAACUCUUACGCAACAAAAUGAUGAAAGUAAAGAAUUUGUGAAGUUCUUUCAUAAGCAGCUUGGCAGUAUACUUCAGGAUUCACUGGCAAAAUUUGCUGGUAGAAAAUUAAAAGAUUGUGGGGAGGAUCUUCUUGUGGAGAUCUCUGAAGUGUUAUUCAACGAAUUAGCCUUUUUUAAACUGAUGCAAGACUUGGACAACAACAGUAUUUCUGUAAAGCAGAGAUGUAAACGAAAAAUAGAAACCACUGAAGUAAUUCAGUCUUAUGCUAAAGAGGCAAAAAAAGGUCUCCAGGUGGAUGUUUGUUCUUCUGUUGAAGAUGUCGAUGAGGACAAAGACAAGGAUGAGACUGAAACUGCUAAUCAAGUGCCAGACUCAGAAGCGGGUGCUGGUAACAGAGUGCCUGAAAAUACUAGAUCUGAUGCAUCUGAUCAAGAGGAAGAUGAGGAAAGUGAAAGUGGUCCAGUGGCAAUAAGUUUAUCAAAAGCAGAAACCCAGGCUCUGACUAACUAUGGCAGUGGAGAAGAUGAGAAUGAAGAUGAAGAAAUAGACUUUGAGGAAGGACCUGUUGAUGUGCAAACAUCACUACAAGCCAGCAGUGAAACAACUGAAAAUGAACAGACUUCUAACCAAGAGUUGAGUAAGCCAAAAAGUAGUGAAAUUUCAUCAUCAGAACAAGAGCCUGCUAAAGGUGAACAAGAUAUGGCUGCAGCUGUGCAUCAUUACCUCAGUGUCAUGGAGAAUACACCAGCUCUAACAGCCAACACCCCAGAAUCCUUUAUAACAGCCACUGUGAAAACUGAAGGAUCAAGCUCAUCUUUGGCAGUGAAUGAAACUCAAACACCAGAUACCACAUGUGCAGAAAACAAAUCUGGUGCAAGUUCUGAAAGCUCCAUGGCUGGCAGCCCUGAUACAGAGUCACCUGUGCUAGUGAAUGAAUAUGAACCUGGUUCUGGAAAUGUAAGUCAGAAAUCUGAUGAAGAUGACUUUGUGAAAGUUGAAGACUUACCCCUCAAACUUGCUGUGUAUUCAGAGGCAGAUAUAAUGAAGAAAAUGGAAACAGAGGCCCAAACCAAGAGCUUGUGUGAUGAAUUACUGGAUGGAAGUGGAGCUCAAGGUCAAGAAUUAGUUGGAGAUGCCCAAACAUUGAAAGAACCUGAAACUUUUGGAGCUCAAAUUGCAUAAGAAUUACCCGAAGAUGUCUGCAUUAAUAAACUCUAUGUAUACAAAUGCAUAAAGAUCAGUACUAAUUUCCCAGAAUUCUGGAAGUGUAUAAAAAUGUAAAAUUUUUAACACGCUGCCUCUUAGGAUAGGUAUGUGAUCUUCUGCCUGUGGCAGUUUAAACAGCUGGAACUGAAUCCACUUCUAUUCAGUUUUGCUGCACUGUUCUUUUUCUGUCUUAAUUUUUUAUUUUUAUUGUGACUUGUUUGGUAAUUUUAAAAUUGUUCACAAUGGUAGUUUUAAAUAAAGUUUGGACUUGUCUGUAAGUUUUCUCUUUUGAAAAAUUUUCUUUGGCUUACCAACUGGUAUGCUGAGUUUGUUGCUGGAAGGUAAUUGACUUGUUGGCAUGCAUGUAGCAGUUUGCUCUUCUCUUGCAAGAAACACUGCUCAUUUUCCUGGGACAAGAAAUUCUCCAAGUUUCUUGCAGCUUCUCAAAAUACAAGGUAUAGGCACAGUACAUACCUAUGUGUUGUCUUUAUAGCCUAAAGUAUAGCUUGUCUGUAACAAAAAAGUUCCUGUUCAUGGCUUGUGGAAUUCCUUUCUAGCAGCACAUUUAUCUGAAAUGAAAUUGAAUAUCCCAGGUUUAUAGUUUACUGCAGAAACCAGCUGUAUUUUUCUGCAUUUGCUGAAUCCUUUUGAUGUUCACAGGAUUAAACCUGUCUGAAAAUAUUAAUAUCUUUUCAUAGUUAACUUAAAAUAGCUGCAAUUGAAGGUCUGGAGAAUCUGUUCUGAAGUGUUUGACUUUAAUUGUAGUUUCCUAAAUUUCAUUACAAAGUCAGUGUUUUAAAAUGCAGUUGAAAUCAGCACCUCCUGGAGUCUCAAGGUAAAGCAGAAUUACAGAAAAGUAGAUUGGAAUACUUUGUUCAGUUUUUCAGGUCACAGUUGCUAAUAACCUUUAAGUCAUAAAACUGAGCUAGAAGAAACUUCCUCAGCACACCUGCUACAUUAUAAAGAUCCUGUUUACCUUAAACACAAGGCUUUUAUGAAAGUAGUUAAAAAGCACUGGUUAUCUUUAAUUCAGGAUUGUGUUGCUUUUGAGGUUAGUGUGAUAAUAUGGCUAUAUACUGUGGGAGACAGUAUAGCAAUGGUGAAGCCUAAAUAUGCUCGAAGUUUAAAUAAAAUGAGAUUGUAAUUCUUCUGUGA